AUCUUGGCAGAUGAUAUGGGAUUAGGGAAGACUGUUCAAAUCAUCGCUUUCCUUUCUGGUAUGUUUGAUGCUACACUUGUGAAUCAUGUGCUGCUGAUCAUGCCGACCAAUCUCAUUAGCACAUGGACAAAAGAAUUUGUUAAGUGGACCCCAGGAAUGAGAGUCAAAACCUUUCAUGGUCCGAGUAAGGAUGAACGUACCAGGAACCUCAGUCGGAUUCAGCAAAGGAAUGGCGUCAUCAUCACCACAUACCAAAUGUUAAUCAAUAAUUGGCAGCAACUUUCAAGCUUGAACGGCCAAGAGUUUGUGUGGGACUAUGUCAUUCUUGAUGAAGCACAUAAAAUAAAAACCUCAUCCACUAAGUCAGCAAUAUGUGCUCGCGCUGUCCCUGCCAGGAAUCGCAUCCUCCUCACAGGAACCCCGAUCCAGAAUAAUUUACGAGAACUGUGGUCCCUGUUUGAUUUUGCUUGUCAAGGGUCCCUGCUAGGAACAUUAAAAACUUUUAAGAUGGAGUAUGAAAAUCCUAUUACGAGAGCAAGAGAGAAGGAUGCUACCCCAGGGGAAAAAGCCUUAGGAUUUAAAAUAUCUGAAAACUUGAUGGCAAUCAUAAAACCCUAUUUUCUCAGGAGGACUAAAGAAGAGGUACAAAAGAAAAAGGCAAGCACCCCAGAGGUCAGACUUAGUGAAAAGAAUCCAGAUGUUGAUGCCAUUUGUGAAAUGCCUUCCCUUUCCAGGAAAAAUGAUUUAAUUAUUUGGAUACGUCUCAUGCCUUUACAAGAAGAAAUAUACAGGAAAUUCGUGUCUCUAGAUCACAUCAAGGAGUUGUUAAUGGAGACACGCUCACCUCUGGCUGAGCUAGGUGUCUUAAAGAAGCUGUGUGAUCAUCCUAGGCUGCUGUCUGCACGGGCUUGUCAUUUGUUAAACUUAGGGUCUGUAAAAUUCUCUGUUCAAGGUGAGAAUGAAGGGGAAGAUUCCUCAGAUGGGGACCAUAUUGAUCAGAUCACUGAUGAUACACUGAUGGAAGAAUCUGGAAAAAUGAUAUUUCUGAUAGAGCUGCUGAAGAGACUGCGAGAUGAAGGGCAUCAAACUCUGGUGUUUUCCCAGUCAAGACAAAUUCUAAACAUCAUCGAACACCUCCUAAAGAAUCGGCACUUUAAGAUACUGCGAAUUGAUGGAACAGUUACUCAUCUUGUGGAACGAGAAAAAAGAAUUAACUUAUUCCAGCAAAAUAGAGAGUACUCUGUUUUUCUGCUUACCACUCAAGUAGGUGGUGUUGGCUUAACAUUGACUGCAGCCACUAGAGUGGUCAUUUUUGACCCUAGCUGGAAUCCUGCGACUGAUGCUCAAGCCGUGGAUAGAGUUUACCGAAUUGGCCAGAAGGAAAAUGUUGUAGUUUAUAGGCUGAUUACUUGUGGGACUGUAGAGGAAAAAAUAUACAGAAGACAGGUUUUCAAGGACUCACUAAUAAGACAAACUACGGGCGAUAAGAAGAACCCUUUCCGAUAUUUUACAAAACAAGAAUUAAGAGAGCUCUUUACAAUUGAGGAUUUUCAGCACUCUGCAACCCAGCUACAGCUUCAGUCUUUGCAUGCUGCCCAGAGGAGAUCUGAUAAAAUACUAGAUGAACAUAUUGCCUACCUGCACUCUUUGGGGAUAGCUGGAAUCUCAGACCAUGACUUGAUGUACACACGUGAUCUCUCCGUGAAAGAAGAGCUCGAUGUGAUCGAAGAAUCCCACUAUAUUCAACAGAGGGUUCAGAAAGCUCAAUUCCUUGUUGAAUUAGAGUCUCAAAAUACAGAGCUCUUAGUGGAAAGACAAAGAGCUGGAAAUGAGGGGAUCUGGCUGAGAGAACCCCACUUUCCUUCUCAAACGAAGAAGAAAUGCCCUGACCUGAAUAAACCACAGCCUCGACCCUCCCCACUUCUACCUACUUAUCAUACCCAGGAAGAAGAAAUCAGUUCCCAAAUGGCGAGUGUAAUCAUUGAUGAUCUGCCCGAAGAGAGUGAGAAUCAAGAUGUCUCCAAUAUAAAGAUGAAUGUUACCGUCUCACAAGACGGUAGUCGUCACCCACCCGGAAGUACAUCUGAUGCCGAUUCUGUAGCUACUUUACCUGAGGGGUGUGGGAGUGUAGAUGAAAUCUGGACCGACUCGUUGGGAAUGGCUCUACAAAAAGAGGCAUUGCGAGAGGGGCCCACGCAGGGGACACUGCAAGAGAACCCUCUGGGAGAUUUUAACUAUUUGCCUAGCAAAGCACUCAGAGCUGAUCUUGGGCCGAAUCCAGAGCAACCAAAGGAUGAUGAGAUGUUACCUCACUGCAAUCCCUGGCCCAUUAGUCCCAUGACCAGUGAAAAUCAAAAUACAGAAUCGAAUGCAUUUGUAAUUAAAAUAGCCAAUGACGACUUGUCAGCAUCCCACAGUGCACUGCAGGAUGCUCAAGCAAAUGAGGCCAAGUCGGAGGAGGAACAUUUAGCCUCCUCAUCACAGUAUGCCUGUGAUUUCAAUCUUUUCUUGGAAGACUCUGCAGACAAUGGACAAAAUCUUUCCAGGCAGUCUUUGCAGCACGUUGAGAAUGAAAAGAGCUUGUGUGGUUCUACAGCUAAUUCUCAGGCAGAGCUUGAGCGUGACAAGGCAUGUCUCAGUGUGGAUCUUUCGGAGACCAACGAUGAGCCAGAAGAAGUAGUCGGGAAUGUGAAAGGCAGAAGGAAAGCCAGAAGGAUCGUUUCAGAUGGUGAAGAUGAAGACGAUACUUUUAAAGAUACUUCAAGCACAGAUCCGCUUACCACCUCUCCCUUUCAGUUCUUACCUGUGAAACAGUUUGAUGCUUCAACUCCCAAAAGUGACAUCAGUCCGCCGGGAAGGUUCUUGUCACUGAACAUCCCUGAUAGUAUAAAUAAGUCCGCCCACCCUAGAAGAUCCCUGGCUUCUAGGAGGUCUCUCAUCAACGUGGUUUUAGACCACGUGGAGGAUAUGGAGGAAAGACCUGACCAGAGCAGUGAAGCAGAGGUUGAGGCAGAUGAUCUGGAGGAAGGAGCAGAGGAGAGCGGUAGUGAAGCCUCAGAGAGCACAGACGAGCCUCCUGGCGGAACGCUGCCUUCAGAAAAUGAGGCCAGCCGGUUAACUGGGCCUGGGGCUCCGGCUCUGGCUCCGGAGGCCCCUCCCGGGGACCCUGAGCCUUUGUCUGGCAGACAGUUGGUUGAGUAUCCCCAGGAGGAGGCAGCGGAAGCUGUGACUGACUAUGAGACUCUUGUAAGUUGUGGGAAGGAACUGAAAGAGCGUGGGCAAAUACAGGAGGCCUUAAACUGCUUAGUGAAAGCGCUUGACAUAAAAAGCGCCGACCCUGAAGUCAUGCUCAUGACUUUAAGUUUGUAUAAGCAGCUUAAUAAAACUUGA